AUGUAUGGCGAUAAAUUAUGUAUAUCUUGUUAUGGGGAAAAAAGAAUAUUUAGUAAAUUAAAAAAUUUUUUUAAAGAAGAUUAUUAUGAAUUAUCGGAUGUAAAAUUAAAUGAAAGAAUAAACACAUUAACAGUUAAUUUAAAAUACACAUUUUAUAAUAACCCAAUAUCAGAAUAUUUUAAAAAUGAAGAAAGUUUAUUAUCAGAAAGAGCACUUAUUUACAUUUAUUUUUUAUAUAUAAAUGAUUUAGAAAUAUAUAAAAAUGAAAAGAAAAAUAUGUUAAAAAGGUGGACUGAAGUUUUAAAUGAUGAAAAUGAAGAAUUUUUAAUUGUUUACGUUUAUAAUUUAGUAGAUAACAUAAAUGAAAUAAAAAACAUUAAAAAAAUAAUUGAAAAAAUAAAAGCAGAUUUUAGUCAUAAUAGUUACAAAAGCAAUAAAAUAUUAAGUUUUCCCUUACAUGAGCAUGAAAAUUAUGAUUCCAAUAAAAAAGUAAAAGAAUUAUACGAGCAAUUUAAGCUACGAUAUUCUGAUCAAUUAAAAAUAUGUAUAGAAAAAAAGUAUAGCAUAAUUAAAAAUGGAUAUAAUAAAUGCUUAACUAACUUUUUUAGUUGUGUAGAUUUAAAAAAAAAAACAUGUAUUGAAAAGAAAAAAAAAAAAUUUAAUAUUUCAGACACUUAUGUAAAUAAUGAAGAUGCUCAAAUUAAUGAAUUUAUAGAAUUUUAUAAAAAACAUAAUGUAUUCCUAUUUUGUAAUGAAUUCAUAGAUAUCAAAUUUUUUUUAGAUAAAAACAAACUGUCAUUUUACAUAAAUUCACUUGAGUUUAUUACAGAUUAUGAUGAAAAAUUAUAUAUAGAUAUGUAUGAUAAUUUUUUAUCACUAUUUAUAUGGAAUGAAAAUUUAUGUCUGUUAUACACAAAAUUAAAAAUGUUUAAGAAAAGCUACAUUUUAUAUAAUACAAUUGCAAAAUUAUUUAUAAAAAAUUUGAAUGUAUAUAUUAAAAAAAAAGAAUGUAUUAUACAUUCUUCUAUUUUAUUUGAAAAAAAUUAUUUAACAAUAGGAAAAUAUAUAAGAGAAAAAAAAAUUUGUUCUAUACAUUUAUUAGAAUAUAUAUUCUUUAAAAAAUUUACUAUUUUACUGUUUUUAAAUAAAUUUUCAUAUAUUUCUAGUAAAGCUUUAAAAUUUUCUCAGUUUUUUUAUACUAAUAAAAUUUUUAUAUUUAUGCAUAACUUUGAUCAAUUUGAAAAUAAUUUAAAUAAAAAUUCUAAAGAUAUUAAUUGUUUAAAAAACAUAAAAAAAAAACUAAUAAAAUAUAAGAAGAAAAGACAAAAAAAAAAAGGAAAAAAUCUUAAUUUCUCAUCAGAUGAAAAUAUUGAUGAACAAAAAUAUAAUUUAAAAAAUAGUAAAGAUGAAAAAGAUAUAGAAUAUAAAAAGCUAGAUAAAUAUAAAAAAAUGGUUAUAAAUGAGUUGAAUGACACCUUUAAUAAGAAUAAUAAAAAUUUGGUUAGUAAAAUUUGUAUAGAACAAAAAGAAAAAAAAAAAAAUGUAGUAAAGGAGGACAUAAAGGAAGAAGAAAAUAGUAUUAAUGAUAUUAAUCGAACUAUAAAUAAUGAUAUGAAUUCAUUUAAAAAUAACAAUGAUAAGUUAAAAUUUAUAUUAAAUUGUUGUUUUAUAAAUAAAGAAAGCUAUUUCUCAAUUUACUUUUAUAAUUUAGCUAAUUUAAUAAAAUUUUUAUUUGAACAUAGAAGUUAUUUUUAUCAGGAAGACGAUAAAAAAAGUAUAAGUGAUAAAAAUAUAAAAAAAAACAUGAAUAUUAGCAGGUAUUUAUUAUUGCAAAAAAAUAUUAUUAAACUAGGAUAUAAAAAUAAUUUUACUAAAAAAAAAAAAUUAAAAAAAAAUCUGAAAAUAAAAACAAAAAAAAGUAAUUCCAUUAAUGAUUCUUCAUCACAAUUUUCCUCUUUGUCAGAAUUUUCUGAUUCUACAUACAGCAGUAUUCAUUUUUUAAAUAAUGAUUUUUAUAUAAAUGUUUCCAAUAUUUUUAAAUUAUCUUUUGUUAUUUUAAAAAAUAUAUUAAAUACUUACAAUGAAUAUUUAUCAAAAGAUGAAACAAAUGUGAAAAAAAUUUUUUUUUUUAAUUUUUAUUUAAAUUAUUUGGAGGAAAAAAGGUUUGAAAAAAAAAUAGAAAAAGCAGAUUUAGAAGAGCAUAAAAACACAAAGAAAAAUGUUUAUUAUAACUUUCCGAUUUAUCGCAUAAAAAAUUUUUCAAAAGAUAAUGAAAAAAAAAAAACUCUUUUGCUUAUGAAUAUUAUGAAUAAAAUCAUUAAUUUGUGUUAUAGAAAAUAUAACAACAUUUCUGUAAUAAACAAAUUUUUUUUGGCUAUUUUAUUAUUUGAAAAUAAAAUUUAUAAGAAAUCCUUUAAAUUAACAAAAAAAAUUAUUCAAAAAUCGAAUUUGGAUAUUCUUACUUUUUUAGGUAUGCAACUCAUAUUAUAUCAUUGUGUAAAUAAUAAAUUUUAUCAUUUUUGUUGUUCCUUUUUCUUAUCAAAUAAGUAUAUUAAGAUAUUACCAUUUAAAAAUGUGAAUAUGAAUUUUACACAUUUUCAGAAUUAUCAAUAUUAUUUAUUUUCAUUGAAUAACGAACAUUCAAUUCUAAAAUUAGAAAAAGAAAAAAAAUAUGAUAAUGAUUUUUUUAGCUCACUAAAAAAAGAUAUAUCGACUUUUGAAUUAGCAAAAAAACAAGUAAUUAAUAUCAUUGAACAAAAUAAAAUAGGAUCACAAAUUUUAGAUAUAAAAAGAAAAGAAAUACAUCAAAGAGAAAUUAAAGAAGUAAAAAGCGAAGAAGAAAAGAAAAACAAUUCUAAAAAUUUUAAUACAGAAAUAAAUGAAAAAAUGAUUAUUCCACCCAAAAUAAAUUUAAAUAAGUUAAUUAAAUUCGAAACAAAACAAUUUUGCAAGGAUAAUUAUAUCUUUGAAAUAAAUCAGAAUUUUUUAAAGGGAUUAAAAAAGUUUAAUUUUUCUGUUUCAAAAAAUGAAAAACAUAAUGAUAUUUAUAUACCAAAAUCAGAUAUUAAAAUAUGUGUUCAAUCUAAUUACAACUUAUAUAUUUUCGUAUCAAACAUGAUUUUUGGUUACAUUAAUAAAAAUAAAAAAAGUUGUCAUCAUUUCGAUGAAAAUCAAGAUAAAAAGGGAAGAAAUAAUUAUGAUGAAUUUAUAAAUACAAGUAAUAAUUUGAAUAUUCAUCACAUAGAAACAUUGUUACAUUUAAAAAUACGAGAAUAUAUUCAUAAAAAAAAAAAAAAAAUAAAAGAGUCAAGAAUUAAAAAUUUAUGUAUGGAAUAUGAUGAGAACCUUGACUUAUUUAUUUUUUCUUCUUUUACUUUGGAUUAUUAUAUUAAUGAAAUAAUUAUUCAAUUAUAUAAUGAAAAAGACAAUAAAAUUUUAUAUUUAACUUUUUCUAAAGAUAAAUAUAUCAUUAAAAGUGGUUUGAAUAUAAUAAGAUUAAACAUAACUAAUAUUCUUGAAUCAAAUAAAAUAAUUUGGAAAAGUUUUGAUUUUAAAAUUGAUUAUGUAUUUCUUAUAAUUAAUAAUUUUUCCUUUUAUCAAAAGAUAGGUGUCUUACCUAAUAACAACUUACUAAUCCCAUUUUUGAAUUCUUAUAGUAAUUUUAUAGUUAAUAAUGAUAUAUUAAUUGAUACAAAAAAAUAUACAAAAUUCUUUUUAAAUCAACUUCUUUCUCCUUUUUAUAUUAGGAUAAAAACAUUAGACUCAAUUUUAGAUUGUAAAAUAAUUACAUCUUAUUUAAAUAGUUCAUCUUUAAUAUAUAAUAAUACAAAUUAUAUAAAAUUAAUUAUAAAAAAUAAUGAAAAAAACAUUAAUUAUGAAAAUUCAAUUAUUGAUGAUGAAAAUGGAUUACUAUCAACAGAAACAUUCAUUAAAAAAGAAAAUAAUGAUAUAAAAAAUAUUAAAAUUUUUGUAAAAAACAAAAACGAAAUCUCAGAUUAUACAUGUGAAAAUUUAAAUAUUAGUAAUUCAAUUGUUUUUUAUAUUGAAAAAAAUGAAGACAUACAAAUAGAUAAUCUUGAAGUUUUAGAUGAAGUUAAUUUUAAUAAUGAAGAUAAUAAUUCCUUGCAUUUAAAAAAUGAUAAUAAUAAUAAUAAAAAAUAUUACAAUGAAGAAAAAAAUGAAAAUUUAGGAAAAUCAUAUGCAAUAAUAUCUUUUAUACCAAAAAAGGUAAUUAAUAAUAAUAAUAAUAAUAUAAAUAGUGAAAAAUGCAAUAAUAAUAAUAAUAUAAAUAGUGAAAAAUUUAAUAAUAAUAAUAAUAUAAAUAGUGAAAAAUUUAAUAAUAAUAAUAAUUUAAAUAAUGAAGAUGUUAUUAUUAACAAUAUGGAUUAUCACAAUAUCACAAAUAAUAAUAAUUAUUCAAAUACAAUUGAUAAGUUAAAUAUGAAAUGUAUAUUAAAUAUAAAUUUACUUGAGAAAAAAAGAAAAGAAAGAAAAAGUGAUAUACAUAAAUUGUCAUAUGUUAAUUAUAUAGGAAAAAUAAAAUUUGUUGAUUUUAUUAAUUCUGAAGAUAAAUUAUUAGACCCAUAUUUAAAUAGACAAGUAGUUAUAGAAAAAACAUUUGAUCUUGUAAAUAUUUUUAAGGAAAAAAUAAAUACAUACAGAUUAAAUAAUACAAUAUUAUAUGAAUUAAUAUUGAAGUUACAUAAUGAUAAUUAUUCUAUAUAUUUAAAAAAAUUCAAUAUAUCUAUUUUAAAAAAAUCCAUUACACAAAUAAAAAAUGUGAACAUUUUUUUUUUAAAUAAUGAAAAUGUUAAGGAAAAAAAAAUGAAAUGUGUCAUGAAUGAAAAAAGUACAGAUAAUUUAAAUGAUUCGAAUGAAAAUAAUGAAUAUAAAACAAACAAUAUUUAUAUGAAUGAUUCAAAUGAAGAUAAUUCGUACAAAUCAAAUGAACUUUGUAAAAAUAAGCAAAAUUCAAUUUCUAAUAAUAACUCGAAUUUUGAAGAAAAUUAUUUUUAUGAUGAAAUUUAUGUAAAUAAUUAUAUAAUGGGAGGAAUGUCAAUUUUUUUACUUUUUGAAGUACUAUAUCAUAACGUUAUCAAUAUAAAAAAUAAUUCGAAUAAAUAUAUGAAUUAUGAAAGCAUUAUUGGAGAUAUAAGCAUAAAAUAUGAAUACGUAAAUCAAUUUAUUUUAAAAACGUUAAAAAAUAAAAAAAACGAAUAUAUUUAUAAAUUUAGUGUGUUAAUACCUCAAUUUUUACUACCUAUUAAUAUUCAUUAUAAUAUACCCAAAUGUGGUAUGCUUCAUUCCAUUAUGAAUAUCAAAAUAAUAAUAUCAAAUUAUAUCAAUGAAGAUAUUUGUAUGAAAUAUGAUGUGUGCAUCGAUAAUGCUGAAAAAAGAAAUAAUGAAAAUGAAUAUAGUUGGUUAAUAAAUGGAUUUAGAAAAAAAGUACUUUUUAUCCCAAAAAAUUCUUCAUAUAUUAUAAAUUUAAAAAUAAUUCCCUUAAAAAUUGGUUUAAUUAAUUUUCCACCUAUUAAUUAUUAUAUAAAAUUAAAUAAUAAGUGGAUUGAAAUAACAAAAAUUUUAAAGAAAAGUGAAAAUUUUCAGAUAAUUAUUUCUCCAUCUCUUCAUUUUGUCCCUAAAAUAUGGGAACUAAUCUAA